GUCUAGUCUUUGGUGAGACUGAGGGGGAGUUACAGAGAGAAAGGGACCUGGGGUGCUCUUCAGAGUACGGAAUCUGCAUGCAUGGUGAUCUCCGCCUCUGUGGGUGAUCCUCAGUCACCAUGAAAGACUAGGAACUCUCAGCUCUCUGAGGGAAAUGGCUUUUUUUCUUAAUAUCCCUGCCCUGCUACCUGCCGUAUGACUUCAGCUGCCUCUGAAGGGCCCAUCAGCUGUUUAUGGGAACUACCACUGUGUUCGCUCUGUUGAGGAUUUAAGCUUUUCCAGGACAACACUUUUUGAAAAUUUUAACCCCCACUGUCGAGCCAAAGCUUCGCAAUCAAGUGGGGAGGCGGUGAGACAAUGGCGAACAACUCGUACAGCGGGGUGAAGAACUCCAUGGUGGAGGCCAACCACGAUGGAGAGUUCGGCUGCACGCUCAAAGAACUGCGCUCCCUUAUGGAACUGAGAGGCGCAGAGGCGUUAAGCAAAAUUGGGGAAUCUUAUGAGGAUAUUCAAGGACUGUGCAACCGGUUAAAAACAUCACCUAUAGAUGGUCUAAGUGGACAGCCUGGAGACAUCGAGAAGCGGAAAACAGUGUUUGGGGAAAAUUUAAUACCGCCCAAAAAGCCCAAAACUUUCUUACAGUUAGUGUGGGAGGCACUACAGGAUGUCACACUGAUUAUCCUAGAAGUGGCAGCCAUAGUUUCACUAGGCCUUUCUUUUUAUAAACCUCCAGAUGCCGAAAGAGAACACUGUGGAAGGGCUGCUGGUGGUGUGGAGGAUGAAAAUGAGUCAGAAGCGGGCUGGAUCGAGGGCGCCGCCAUUCUUCUGUCAGUUAUCUGUGUGGUGCUGGUGACAGCGUUCAAUGAUUGGAGUAAGGAAAAGCAGUUUAGGGGCCUCCAGAGCCGCAUUGAGCAGGAACAGAAAUUUACUGUUGUCCGUGGAGGACAAGUUAUCCAAAUUCCCGUGGCUGAGAUCGUGGUCGGCGAUGUUGCACAAGUAAAAUAUGGUGACCUUUUGCCUGCUGACGGAGUCCUCCUCCAAGGCAACGAUCUGAAGAUCGAUGAAAGCUCACUCACAGGGGAGUCGGACCAUGUCAAGAAAACACAAGAAAAAGAUCCAAUGCUGUUAUCAGGCACCCAUGUAAUGGAAGGCUCAGGGAAAAUGGUGGUCACUGCUGUGGGUGUCAACUCUCAAACUGGAAUUAUCUUCACUUUACUUGGGAGCGGGGAGGAGGAUGACGAUGAUGAAGAGGAAAAGAAAAGGGAAAAGGAGGAGAAGAAGAAACAGAGAAAAAACAAGAAGCAGGAUGGAUCUGUGGAAAAUCGUAAGAAAGCUAAAGCACAGGACGGUGCUGCGAUGGAAAUGCAGCCACUGAACAGUGAUGAGGGAGGUGACGCAGAGGAGAAGAAGAAAGCCAACCUGCCAAAGAAAGAGAAGUCUGUUCUCCAGGGCAAACUGACCAAACUAGCUGUACAGAUUGGCAAAGCAGGAUUGGUUAUGUCAGCCAUCACUGUCAUCAUCCUGGUGGUGCUUUUUGUAGUGGACACCUUCUGGAUCCAGAAUCUGCCCUGGGUCAAGGACUGCACACCCAUUUACAUUCAGUUCUUUGUGAAAUUCUUCAUCAUUGGUGUUACUGUUCUAGUAGUGGCUGUUCCUGAGGGCCUGCCUCUUGCUGUCACGAUCUCCCUGGCAUACUCCGUUAAGAAAAUGAUGAAAGACAACAAUCUGGUACGGCACUUGGAUGCCUGUGAAACUAUGGGCAACGCCACCGCCAUCUGCUCUGACAAGACUGGUACGCUCACCAUGAACCGCAUGACUGUGGUGCAAGCCUACAUUGCUGAAAAACACUUCAAGAAGGUCCCAGAACCAGAGAACAUCCCCUCCUCCACCUUAGACAUGCUGAUUCUGGGCAUCGCAGUCAAUUGCGCCUACACUACAAAGAUCAUGCCUCCAGAGAAAGAAGGGGGCCUGCCAAGGCAGGUGGGCAACAAGACCGAAUGUGCCUUGCUUGGCUUUGCUAAAGACCUGAAGCGCGACUACCAAGUUAUACGAAAUGAGAUCCCUGAAGAGAAAUUGUACAAAGUUUACACCUUCAACUCAGUCCGCAAGUCUAUGAGCACUGUGUUGAAGUUGGCUGAUGGCAGCUACCGCAUGUUCAGCAAAGGGGCCUCAGAAAUUCUCCUGAAAAAGUGCUACAAAAUCCUGACAGCAAACGGUGAGUCUAAGGUGUUUCGCCCUCGGGACCGAGACGACAUGGUUAAGAAAGUGAUCGAGCCCAUGGCCUCAGAGGGCCUGAGGACCAUCUGCCUUGGGUACAGAGAUUUCCCCGCCACUGAGGGAGAGCCUGACUGGGACAAUGAAAAUGAUAUACUCUCUGGACUGACCUGCAUCAGUGUGGUUGGCAUUGAGGACCCUGUGAGGCCCGAGGUCCCAGACGCCAUCAGGAAAUGCCAGCGUGCUGGUAUCACAGUGCGGAUGGUCACUGGGGACAACAUCAACACAGCUCGAGCCAUUGCCACAAAGUGCGGCAUCCUCCAGCCAGGAGAUGACUUCAUCUGCCUCGAGGGCAAAGAGUUCAACCGAAGGAUACGCAAUGAAAAAGGAGAGAUUGAACAAGAACGCAUUGACAAGAUCUGGCCCAAACUACGAGUACUGGCUCGCUCCUCCCCCACAGACAAACACACUUUAGUGAAAGGUAUUAUUGACAGCACAGUGCUGGAACAAAGACAAGUAGUAGCAGUAACAGGAGACGGUACCAAUGAUGGUCCUGCCUUGAAGAAAGCAGAUGUUGGCUUUGCCAUGGGUAUUGCCGGCACAGAUGUCGCCAAGGAGGCAUCUGACAUCAUCCUGACUGACGAUAAUUUCUCCAGCAUUGUUAAGGCUGUCAUGUGGGGACGCAACGUUUACGACAGCAUCUCCAAAUUCCUCCAGUUUCAACUGACUGUCAAUGUGGUGGCUGUCAUCGUAGCAUUCACAGGAGCCUGCAUCACACAGGACUCUCCACUGAAAGCAGUCCAGAUGUUAUGGGUCAACCUCAUCAUGGACACCUUUGCUUCACUCGCCCUCGCCACAGAGCCCCCUACAGAAGCCCUGCUGCUACGGAAGCCAUAUGGCCGCAACAAGCCUCUCAUCUCCCGCACCAUGAUGAAGAACAUCCUGGGUCAGGGAGUUUUCCAGCUAAUCAUCAUCUUCACUCUGCUCUUUGCCGGAGAGAAAUUGUUUGACAUUGACAGCGGCAGGAAUGCACCCCUCCACGCCCCGCCUUCAGAACACUACACCAUUGUCUUCAAUACCUUUGUACUGAUGCAGCUUUUCAACGAGAUUAAUGCCCGAAAGAUCCACGGGGAAAGGAAUGUCUUUGAAGGGAUCUUCAACAAUCUUAUCUUCUGUAGUAUUGUCUUUGGUACCUUCGUCAUCCAGAUCAUCAUCGUGCAGUUCGGAGGGAAGCCAUUCAGCUGCGUGGCUCUGACCAUCGACCAGUGGCUAUGGUGCACUUUCUUAGGCUUCGGCUCUUUAAUAUGGGGACAGGUUAUUUCUACGAUACCUACCAGCCGCUUAAAAUUCUUGAAAACGGCGGGCCACGGCACCCAGAAAGAAGAGAUACCAGAUGAGGAGCUGGAGGAGCUGGACGACAUGGACGAGAUCGACCAUGCUGAACGGGAGCUCCGCCGAGGCCAGAUCCUCUGGUUCCGAGGCCUCAACCGCAUCCAGACUCAGAUCCGGGUGGUGAAUGCAUUCCGCAGCUCCAUCUCCCUCUAUGAGGGGCUGGAGAAGCCCGAGUCGCGAUCAUCGAUCCACAACUUCAUGACCCACCCUGAAUUCCGGAUAGAGGACUCUGAGCCCCAUAUUCCCCUCAUAGACGACACUGACGCGGAGGACGACGCUCCCACCAAGCGCAACUCCGCCAGCCCCCGCAACGUCACACCCACGCCCACACCGACGCCGCCGUCGCCCUCACCCUCGCCCACCACCAUCGCCCCCACCACGCCGGUGUCUCCCUCCCCGAACCAGAACAAUAACGCUGUGGAGAGCAGUAACCACCUCCUCCCAGAGGGCCCCAAAUCAGGAACCCCCUCGGCCCCGGGGAGCCCCCUACACAGCCUGGAGACCUCCCUUUGAUCUGACCACCACCACUUUUCUACCCCCCCGCCACCAAGGAGCUCGACUCAGACACUGACAAACGGACACUUUGAGAAGAGAGACGACGGAGAGCGGAGUCUUGUGUGAGCUUGGCUUGGGCUGGACUAAAAGAACAGCAAACAUUCAGAGGAAUGUACGGCUUGGUGUGGAUGCUUUGGUCUUCUUUUAUUUUUGGUUCUUAUUAAUACCCCGCUGCAACACAAGGACUCAGUCUCCACCCCUCCCUCCUUGGUAACUUUUUGUUUUUCUCGGUAAACAAGGGGUGAUUAUAAACUCAGAUUGAAAGUGACCUGUUUUUAUUAUUCUAUUAUUAUUAUUAUUAUUUUAAUUGAGAAGGGGAGGUCGUCCUCCUGGCUUGAAGAUCGUCUGUAAGAAUUUACGAAAGAACCUUUAGCUUCUCUUUUAUCUGAAUGGUGUUGUAUAUUUAUCUCUUUGGCCCUUGCUCAUUCAAAACUUAUUUCUGCUCCAUUGGCUGUUAAUAUUUUGAGUUUAUUUAUGUUUUUGGAAAAAGCAGGUCUGUUUACAAAGUUUGUAGAUACUUUUUUUCUGUUUGUAGGCAAAAGAGCUUCCUGAUGUAUGAUGCAGAAAACUGGGACAGAAUAAAAAAUGAAUGAGAGGAUUAUUUCAGAUACUGCUGUAUUUUCAGGAAAAAAAGGGUGUUUCUAUUGAAACUUAACUAUUUUUGCCUGCAAGUUUUAUUUGUUAUAUAUUUGUAGAUAAAUGUAGAACCUUCUAGCCAAACCGAUAAACACUAAGGCUUGUAUAGAAAAAGAGGUCCACAAGAGGGCGAGGUGCUUUUCACAGGAGCCGGGGAAAGACAAUUUUAGGGCCUCUGUCCACUAACAUCGCUAUAAAUAUUUACUUCUUCCAUUUCUUCGAUAGUUUUCAUGUGCACAAAAACCUUCUGGAGUUCUGGAUUCUCUUUUCAUUCAUUACGUUGUGUUCAAGGAUUUCCACAUGUUGAAAGGUUCACUCAUUAAAGGGAGAAUAUAUCUGGGUCUGUGUUUAGCAAGCAUCUCAGAGAAGAGUCACGCUGAAACAAAGUCUUACCUCAGAGUCGGACGUGAGGUCCUUAUGAAGAGUCCUACAGUCAGCAGCAAGUAGAAGUUUUCCUUUUUAGAUUUUUGUGGUUUUACACUUUGGACAGUAACACGAGAACAUCAUGUAGUAGCUGUUUUUAGAUGCAUUCAAACGAGGCUGAUUUUCAUGAUUUGAUGCACUGCUUUUGCACGUUAAAGGGAAUGUUCAGAUUUUUGGGGGGUUUUUUGAGUUGUGUUGGGUAUGAUAUGGAAGCUAAGUAACGUAGUGCUGUGGAUGUGGGCCUGCAGCAAAACUUAUUGUAGCCACCUAAAAAAACAGUAAAAAUAAAUUCAAAGAUAAAAGACAAAAAAUAGAAAAGAAAAAAAAGUCCAAAUCAGUUUCAGUGUACGCUAGAAUUUGAAUAUUUUCAUCACUUUGCUUCCAUUUUUUUCAGAUGGGAAUCACUUAACAUUAAGGUAGUUACAUUGCUUUCUUCAAAUCCAAACUCCAUGAAGAAAAACAGGACUUUAACACGGCUGAACACAGGAGCUGCUGCUCCACCACGGCAUCAGUCAUUUUUUUUAGUUUUUGUUAUUGGAUAACUUUGGUGUUAAAAAGAGUUAGUUUGGAUUCACCAAAGUCACAAAAUCCCUCAAACUAACGAAAUGAUCGAGGCAGCGGUAGACCAGCUGCUCCUGUGUUCAGCGAGCUAAAAUCACUGUUUUUCUCAAUGGAGUCUGGUGGCUCUGACAAGAGCAAAGAUGGGGAACUGAAAAAGCUCACCCGUCCAAACGGGCUAUUUGACCAAAAGGUAAAGUGCUGAAAAUACUCUUAACAUAGCAUACAUUCAAUCUGAUAUUGAUUUAUUUGUUUUAGUAUAUAUAUAGGUGGGAUUUUUUUGUAGGUGGCCAAAAAUGAUUUGUUGUUGACCCCUCCACAGCAGUACAUUGCUUAGCUUCGGUGUCUCACGCCAGCCUGCUUCUUCAAACUGGGGACGUACAGACUGACGUCUUCUGUGUGUAACACACUGACUAUGGAUCAACCUCACGUCAAAAAAUCCAAACUUUCCCUUUAAGUCUAAAAAUUAGUUUUUUUUGCCAAAGCUCAUUAAAACACUAAAAUAACUUACAUCUUUUUUUUUCUUUACGACCACUUGAGUUAAAAGUAACGCUGUGUUGCCUAUUUAUUAAGACAGACUCAACGUGAAUGUGCCUUGGCUACAACCACAAUUUAGACUACGCUUUGUCCCGUCAUUACAUCACCGAUGACAUCACUGUUACUCCUACAGCUCAGCGUAGGACCAAAUAAUCCUCGCUCUGAUCAUUCUGGGCCAGUCGAUUUUUCUCUCUCUGGAUGCUUGAUAAAUACAGACCCUGGUCAUCUUUUUUUUGUUGUUUUUUGUUUUGUUUUUAUGUUUCUUUUGGUUUAUAAAUUGGUGCGUUUAAUUCAGCAACCCCCCCUCACCCCCCCCCAAUGUACAAUAUUGACAUUUGUUUACUCAGGCAUAGAAAAAGUAUUUAAUUUAACAAAUCUGUAAAGAGAGAACCUUUCGACUUCAGACUUUGUGUAUUUAGAUAGUGAAACAUCGUCUUGGUUAAAACAAAACAACAAAAAAAAGCAAGCAAAUUAUUUUCAUAUUUCAUUCAGUCUUUUAAGAUCUUGCCUUAGGAAAAACUUAAUUUCUCCGAGUUCUGGUUUGUUGAUGUUUUAAAAAUCCGUAAGACUCCUUUCACCAUGGAUAAAUGUUCAUUUGGUUAGUUUGUAAAAUAUUUUUGACACCUGAUGUACUGGAAACGCUAAAGAAUUGGACAUUUGCAUUUUUUUUUUUUUUUUUCAAGAAUAAAGACUAGGCAUACACUGGUAUCUAUCUGCACAGGGUACUUUAUUUCAUAGCGUUCCUUGGGGAAUUUUGAUACAAAUCCUAAUAAAAAAAUGUACCUUUGUAUUUUUAUGAUGACACUGAUGAUACCUUUCAUCGUACUAAACCAAUUUUGGAUGAUUUGACACCAAUCACAUUAUACCGGGGGAGGGUUUUGGCCACUAAAAUGUGUGUUGUUCUGGAAUAUUCAUCUCAGGGUGCAAUGGUGUGAAAGAGAACAGGCCUCUUUUAGUUUGUGUAUCAACCACACUUACUUAAUUACACGUUUGGGACGGCGCUUGUCAAACACACAGGAUGAUUUCGGGCAGCAGGCUGCACAUUUUUCCUGCAGCCUUCUGGCCGCGAGGGGCCGCGGACGGGGAAGGAAGUGUUCAAUCGCAACUGAGGAAAUACUUUGUUUUACUUGUUUUACAGAUGACAAAAUAACAGCAUACAAAGCGAGAAAAUUGAAAAGCGGAAUCCAUAUUAGGAGUUUGUUCUGUAGCUUCUUCCUGUAAUGGGAAUGAAUGUUUUUCCAUCUGUUUUAUGGAUUAUUAUUUUUUUAUCUUUUAACAUUUGGAAAUAAAAGUACUUCAUGUCUGUUUAUCUUGAGCAUUUUAAAUGGAUAUCGUGAUUGGAUUUACAUUUGAAACUUGUCGAGUAAUGUGUAUGGUUUUUAAAAAUAAAAAAUGUAUUUAGCCUAA